AGUUAUUAUUUGGGACGAAAUAUCUCUUUCGUUAUUUAAUGUUGGACAGUCAAAAUAUGAGUUAAGACCUUUUUUCAGAUCCACCCAGUUUGAUUGCACAUUUUCAUUUCCAAUUUUUUUUCAAACAUUUGUGAACUCCACCCUAAUAUUCUAAUUCUCGAAAGUGCUGAAAUGUUUCAAUAUCAGUGCACCCAGUGUAUGAAUCAAUAAGAAUCUAUUUGAGUAAUUAAAGCCACUCCUAAAUAUCCAAAGCGACAGAAAAUGAGGGUUUUCCAAGGGUUCAACCUGGAAGAGUUCAAUUCGUAGUAAACCGUAUCAUGGGAAAUAAAAUAGUUACAUUUAGUGAACAACAGUUACACAAUUAUCAGGAUUGUACCUUCUUCAAUGAGAAAGAAAUUUUGAGGGUUUUUGAAAAAUUCCGAAAUAUCCGACCUGAUUUGGUUCCCAAAAAAAUGAAACAAUAUGAUACAGUCAAUAUAAGAAUAUCUGUAGAAGAUAUAGUUCAUAAACUUCCAGAAUUGCAAGAAAAUCCCUUCAACAGACGAAUAUGUGAAGUGUUUUCCAGAGAUGGAAAUGGAAAUUUGUCCUUUGAAGAUUUUUUGGAACUGCUUUCAGUUUUUUGUGAACAUGCACCUAGGGAUAUAAAAGUGUAUUAUGCUUUCAGAAUAUAUGAUUUUGAUGGUGAUAACCAUAUUGGACCAGAAGAUAUCAAUGAAGCUUUGAACUUGUUAACACGCCAAGAACUUUUUGCAGAAGAGAGACAACAGAUUGCCGAAAAAGUAAUGGAAGAAGCUGAUGUUGAUGGUGAUGGCAAAUUAUCUUUUAUGGAAUUUGAACAUGUUGUUACCAGGGCGCCAGAAUUUUUGUCAACUUUCCAUAUCCGAAUUUGAAUGUAGAGCUUAAUCAAUUUAUAGUGUCCUAAAUGAUAAUAAAACAUGUUUUAUUGUACAGA